CCUCGCCACAUCUAACGUUAGCCGAUGUCUUAAUGCGAUGCGCUGGGAAUUUAUUGAUCAUGGCUAACCUUCGGAUCUCGUUAGCCGUCGUGGUUGUCCAGGUCGUCCUGUACAGAGCCUGCGACGCUCUGCGGUGUAACUGCACCACUGCCCAGUGUGAGAAGACUGGCUCCCAGUGUGAGACCGAUGGAGCCUGCAUGGCCUCCACCUCCUUCAUUCAGGGCCAAGAGCAGCACAUCCGUAUCUGCAUCACACGGGACAACCUUGUGCCCCCUGGACAACCAUUCUACUGCCUCAGUGCAGAGGGCUUGCUCAAUACCCACUGCUGCUACACUGACUACUGCAACAGCAUUGACCUCAAAGUACCCUCAGCCGGGACUCAAUCAGGUGGAGGAUACGGCCCAGGUGGGACAUGGGGGCUGGUGGAGCUAGUUGCUGUGAUUGCAGGGCCGCUGUUUCUGUUGUGUCUGCUGCUGCUGAUGGGUACAUUCCUGUAUCAGUACCACCAGAGGGCCUACAGCCACAGGCAAAGGUUAGAGGUGGAGGACCCCUCCUGUGACCACCUCUACAUGACCAAAGACAGCACCCUGCAGGACCUCAUAUACGAUCUGUCCACGUCUGGUUCAGGCUCAGGUCUGCCUUUGUUUGUCCAGCGGACCGUGGCCAGAACAAUUGUCCUUCAAGAGAUCAUUGGCAAAGGGCGUUUCGGGGAGGUGUGGCGAGGACGUUGGAGGGGUGGUGAUGUGGCGGUGAAGAUCUUCUCGUCCAGGGAGGAGCGCUCCUGGUUCCGUGAGGCUGAAAUCUAUCAGACCAUCAUGCUCCGCCAUGAAAACAUCCUGGGCUUUAUAGCUGCUGACAACAAAGACAAUGGCACAUGGACCCAGCUGUGGUUGGUGUCGGACUACCAUGAGCAUGGUUCUCUGUUUGACUACCUGAACCGCUACUCUGUCACUACUGAAGGAAUGAUCAAACUGGCACUGUCAGCUGCCAGCGGUCUGGCACAUCUGCACAUGGAGAUUCUAGGAACACAAGGAAAGCCAGGCAUUGCCCACAGAGACCUGAAGUCCAAGAACAUCCUGGUGAAGAAGAACUGCACCUGUGCCAUUGCUGACCUGGGCUUGGCCGUCCGUCACGACUCUGCCACAGACACCAUCGACAUUGCGCCCAAUCAGAGGGUGGGCACCAAGAGGUACAUGGCUCCAGAGGUUCUGGAUGAGACCAUCAAUAUGAGACACUUUGACUCAUUCAAAUGUGCUGAUAUCUAUGCUUUGGGGCUGGUCUACUGGGAGAUCACUCGCCGCUGCAAUAGUGGAGGUAUCCAUGAAGAGUACCAGCUGCCCUACUAUGACCUGGUACCUUCUGAUCCUUCCAUAGAGGAGAUGAGAAAGCUGGUGUGUGACCAAAAGCUACGACCCAACAUCCCUAAUUGGUGGCAGAGCUACGAGGCUCUGCGGGUUAUGGGCAAGAUCAUGAGGGAGUGUUGGUAUUCAAAUGGGGCUGCCCGCUUGACAGCCCUGCGCAUCAAGAAGUCGCUCUCCCAGCUCAGCAUUCAAGAGGACAUUAAAGUCUGAGUCAGCAGAGCGCUGAGAGAGAGCCCUGAGCAGGACCAGACUCCAGACUGUACGAAACACUGAGAAGAAGGGGCCGGGCCCUCUACAAAGAACUCACAAAGUAAGAGAAUGUGAUGGAGAGUCGCACUUUGUAAAAUAUUACUCCAUUGACACUCCUGCCAGUUUUGAAGCCACUUGAUUUUCUGACAAACCCUACCUCGCUUACCCAGCCAAACUACCAGAAACACCUUUCCUGUCUUGUCCUCAGCUACUGCUGCCCUUUUUGCUCCUCUUUACACUCCACACUAACAAGGAUCCUUGGAUUUCCUGUGUACUUGUAUGCAAUCAAUAGCAGGAUAUGUAAUUAACCAUUGAACAUUUUGCUGGUAUUUCCUCAAGGUCUCUUUGAUCACAGUCGCUUGAUAGUUAACAAAUAGCAUUUGCUGUUUUUGUCUUUUGAAAGGGAGCAAUUUGGGAGGUUUAGGAGUGUUUUUAACUUAUAUUUUAUUAUUCUGUUAUUUAAUGACUAGAUCUUGUUAUUAAUAUAUGGGUGUUUUUGAGGCUUUUGUGCAGGUUUCUCUGUGCGACCUAGAGCAUCCAGGCGCAUUACAAACUGCUUAGAAAUCCUUCAAAGACAAUAAUCCAUCUGGUUCUGCUACAGCUGCGUUGUUUAGUUGUCUGCUGAUUACUAUGUGAGCAUGUACAAAGCAGCUGAGACAGUUUGUGUAACUGCAGCCCAUUUACUUUACAACAAGGUGUUUUAAGACUUCAAAGUCACUGGAGCUUCAAGGCGGCUUGCCAAACAUGAUUUGACCUUUGGAUCAGUUGCCUGGAGCCCUUCCCAUAAGCUGUUGUAAACCUCAGGUUUUUUCUUAUGCUUACCAAUCAUCACACUUUUUGUCUGAAUACACAUAUAGGAAUUAUUAAGCAAAAUGCAUUUCACUAGGAUGGAGGGUUAAAUAUAGAGCAACAGCUGCCAAGGAGUUGAAUCUGUAUGUUUUAGUCUGUGAUCUUCUUAGCUGACACCCUCACUGGCUUCAGAUUGGGACACUUGAACAGAAUGUGUAGAAUAUUUAAAUGAUGGUAUUCCAAUCUGAAUGCAGCCGCUGUCUCUCGAUCAACCCACAGACCAUAACCUGCCAUGAGAAUAAACUUUGCUACUGGCCCUCAGAUAAGCUGAUACGCAUGACAUUCAGAUGAACGUUUCGCCCUUUGCAGCAACCAAUCCUAUUAACACUGUACUCUAAUACGGGACAAUUUUUUUUAAUUUUCAAUCUCUUUUAAAUACACUAACUCGAGGAAUCUGAAUAACAGUUUGUUUUUAUGUUCAUUUUUUUUAUAUUGUCAAGCAUGUCCAAUGUUCUUUUUACCUCAGGGCACAUUUUCCCUGGCCAAGUAUAACUACUGCACAUAAACUAGCUUUUUAAGGUAAUACUUGUGUAAAUUUAACAGUUAAACUUGAUUCUAUGUUGAUACUAACGUCAUGUUAUAGAUGGUUGAAUCUUUUAUACCAGCUUUUUGGUUGGUGGAAAAAAAAUUACUUCUGUUUUGCUGUUUGCGAACAGAAUUGUGUACCAACGUACUUUUUGACCUCUGAAGCGACAAUACUGUAUGUGUCAGAAACACUGUUUAUGUUGACUUUCUCCUUUAGCCCUCUAUAACGGCAGAGCAUUAUUUGAUUUUUAAUCAACGUUUCCCCUCGCAGAUCUUGUUUGUUCACCAUGCAAUACCUCCUUAAUGUGCAAAUUGUAUGUGUAUUGUUUCCGUCAAGCUAAUCACUGUCUACAUUUUAUGUUCUCAGGAUAUAGGUGCGCCUUUGUCAUUACCUGUAUGCAAAUUCAAGAGGUACUGUCUGUGUGUAUACUUUCCCAUGUUAUUUAUAUAUGUAUGCUGUGAGUCCCAUGUGCACUACUACUGACCUCACAGCAUUAAAACCAAAUUGUUCUCAGAAUCAUCUCCCGUCACGGCCUCUAGUGUUUAUUUAAGAUCACACCACUGAAAAAUGAGACUGUUUAUACAAAUCAUGCCAACCAGUUGCAGUACACUCCAUCCGACUGGAAACUGUAAAUAUAAUCUGACUAUUUCUUUGGGAGAUGAAAUGUUGAAACUAAAUACUACUGAAAUGUCUCAAGGCUGACUCACAAAUGUUUGACCAAUACUUUUUUUCAUUUUAAAAUCACCUGCUGACUACAUUGUAUUGUUCAAGUCUUACAGGAUGUUUGUUUGAACAAAGAGUAUGGACUUGGCCUGAAAUACUGGGGAGAUCUACUAUUUGGUGAUUGAGUGUUGAUCAUAUUUAUACACUAAAGAGGUAUGUUUGUCAAAUUGUAUCUGCCUUACAAUGUAUAAAAUGCAUAGUGUAUUUAAGGUUUUAAUACAUUGCUCCGAGUACCCCCAAGGAAGAAUAAGAGGGUGUGAGUCAAAGACAUGAUGUAUUAUUCUACAGGUUGUGACAACUUCCAGGUCUCUGUCUAGUCAUGGAAAAGAGAAACCUGCAACCAUGUAAAAAAAACCUUCAGGACUUAUAUCUUGUACCUUCUAAUAUAGAGUAAUAAAUUCAGUUGUUUUCCUG